AUGGAAAUGUUCUAUUCUAGCUCCAGUUCCCGCAUGGUAAAGAAAUAUCUUGACGAAGCAACCACAGACUGGGACGUCGAGAGCCUCCGCCAGUUUCUCGCCAGGUGGCAUCCGGGCAUUGAGUCCCACGAGACGACGUAUCUGCUAUGGCGAUGUCUGCAUUUCUACGCGCAUUAUCCGUUCGCGCGCAAUUCUCGCGGGAGCAGGAUCGAUGUAACUGGGUUCCAGCGCGCGAUUGCGCUCCUCGUGUUUCGAGGGACGGAUUCACUAAGGACUCAGCAGCCGGGGGGUCACUACGGGCGUGAUGACGAGGCGUCAUGUCGGGAAGCUGACUUUCGGAGGAUGCUUAGAAGUAUUAGCGAACCCGCGCAAUUCUAUUCUGCGGAGAAGCAGUGGGCAGUGGACGAUGUAAUGCGCGUGCUGGUUAGGACGCAGCCGUACUCGAUGACUCUGGCGCCGCCGCCGACUCAGCUGCGAGAAGCGGCCGAGAGGAUACUACCUGAGGGUUCAAUGAAGAAUCCUCUUCUUCAAGAUGAGUUCUCACUUAUCAUUCGGUUACUUCUGCAGCUGAGAGUGCAGGAUGUCCAGGGGUCAUAUUUGCCUUAUGGGAUAUUCAAUGACGAAUCGUCAUCUGCUUGCCAGAAACUGGCGGACAGUAUUGCGGAUGCGAUCUGCAAUGAAGACCAGACGGUCGAUGCUGGAAUUGUAGCAGAUGUUUUGCCGGGUCUUCGCGAGCGAUUCUACAACCUCUGGGGAGUUAUAUUCCAGCCUCGCUGUCCACGGGAGACGAUCAUAUCACCAGAGGGAUGUUUACCGAACCGUAUCCUGGCGGCAGUUUCUCUUUUGCUUCCACUCGCCAUGGACGCCUCCGGGCCAAGUGAUUCUGCCCUAGAAUUGCUGCCUCGGACGGAAGACCUGGGAAUGGACCUUCUGCUUGAACAAAUACGAGGCGAUGACUAUUCACAUAUUCUGUUGUUUACUGAUGAGACUUGUACAGCUGUGGUAGGGGCAUAUAUCCCUAAUCCUUCCAGUCAUGAGGCGGAGUCACAGCGCAGGAACAGUCUACUAGACGCUUGCAGUCAUUUUCUGUUUCAACUGUGUCCGAGGUUCUGCCUGUUACGGUCGACCGGGCUCAAAUCAUCGCUAGAAGAGUUGUUCUGUGCUGAACUCAACGCGUCUUCGCUCGAAAAACCCACCACAACGGAUCAAGGACCAUCACCUUCCUAUUCGAUAGGUCAUGAAGGAGGGGCUCGUCUGCGCGUUGAUCCGCAAGGUCUGACAGUCACGAUGGUUGUCAAUCUGACUGAAUCAAGGGAAGAGAACAGGGAACAGGAGCUUACUGUCCAUCCUGCGCAACUGCAUAUACUCCGCAUUAACCCCAGCGCCAGCACGCCAACAUGGAGCGGGAAUGGAAGCAAGGAGGGAGUCAGUGGAGAGGAGUUGCGAAAGAGAAUUCAUGGUUUUGGAUCUGGUAACAGCGAAAUACCAAGUCCUAACGUGUUGGAACGGUGGAAUAUUCGGCGUCAAUUCUAUGGAGGGACUUGCCCGUAG